CGAGAUUGACGGAAGUCCUAUUCCGCGGAGGGUAAACAAACAAACGACUUGCCCGCGGCCCGCAGCCCACUCCUCUCCCCCAAAUACCAACUCCACCAGAAAUAUCAGUUGACCAAAGUGCCCGACCUCACCAGCCCACAUACAUAUGCAAAACUUGACGACCUUGGAAAACUUGACGACCUUUACCAAAGUCUAAACCUUCCUCAAAAUCAAAAUGGUCAGAUACACCGUCGCCGUCGCCGUAUUUCUCUUCUUCUUUACCCUCUCGGACGCUCGCGUUUCAUCGAACUCCCCGGAAAAUGGAGUCAUCAAACAGGAUUUGACAAAUUCUGCUCUGGAAUCUGAAGCCAACCCAAUUCUUCUCCCCAGUGAGAAGGCGAAGUCUAAUUUCUUCCAUAAUCCCGGAACAGAAAUCGAAACCACCGGCGCAGAAACUCUACCGAUUCAAAAGACGAACGAUGAUUUUCCAGAGUCCCAAACCUUAACCGUUAAUCAGAUCCCGCUGAUUGGACCGUUAACCACCGUCAGUUUCCGUCCGAUCAACCGUCACUUCCGCUUGAAACGUUUAUACCCAGUUCGCCUGUGCCGACAUCACUUCAAGAGAAUGAAACGUUUCGAGCCGAUGGAACAUUUCGGCCAAGUCCCGGAGGAGCGGGUUUCAUACGGAGACGACAUGAUUCUGGCCACCGAGAACAGUGAUCACGCUGGUAUGUUGCGUGGUGCCGUGCGUCAGAUUCCGGCAAGGUGGAUGAGGUUCCAUCACCAUGAUGAUGAAGAGGAGAAGGAAGAGCAGAAGCCAAUGGAACAUUUCGGCCACGUCCCGGAGGAGCGGGUUUCAUACGGAGACGACAUGAUUCUGGCCACCGAGAACAGUGAUCAUGCUGGUAUGUUGCGAGGGGACGUGCGUCAGAUUCCAGCAAGGUGGAUGAGGUUCCACCACCAUCACCACCACCAUGAUGAUGAUAAUGAUGAGGAAGAGAAGAAGCCAAGGUUUUUGUUCAAGAAGCAUCACAUGUUUGGAAAGAAGUUUAAGAAGCAUUUUGGCAAUGGGGAAGAGGAUGAGAGAGAGGAGAAAAAGAAUGGCGUGGAGGAGAGAGAAGAAGGUGGUUUCAUGAAUCACAUUCGGAAGUUCUUGAACCACUUUUAG